UUGCAGGACCCGUGCAAACAUUCUUGCUUCAAUGGAGGAACGUGCACCGUUACGUCACCAACAGGAUAUACUUGCACAUGCGCACCAGGUUUUAAAGGACACAACUGUAAAUCCGAUAUCAACGAGUGUUCUGAUCCUCAAACCUGUCACGUUGAUGCUGAGUGCAACAAUACUCAUGGUUCCUAUUUCUGCAAAUGUAAAACAGGAUUCAAUGGAGAUGGACAGAAGAAUUGCUCAGAUAUCAACGAGUGUUCUGAUCCUCAAACCUGUCACGUUGAUGCUGAGUGCAACAAUACUCAUGGUUCCUAUUUCUGCAAAUGUAAAACAGGAUUCAAUGGCGAUGGACAGAAGAAUUGUUCAGAUAUCAAUGAAUGCGCUGCAAGCUCACACARYUGUGACUCAAAUGCAGUUUGCAACAACACCAAAGGGUCCUUUUUGUGUACAUGCAAGCCAGGGUAUCUAGGGAACGGGCAAUUGUGCGUCAAUGCUACCACCAGAGGACUCGAGAAAUCCUCCAUUCUUUCUAACUAUGGUAAUGUCAGGUAUCUGCAGGUCUUAACAACAUAUCUAGAUCCUGUAUUGCAAGAUCGCGGCGCCAGUCAUUGGAACCUGUGCUGGCAUGCCAACUCAGAUGGAUGGGACGUCCAAAAACAAUUUCACCCGAAAUGCGACGGUCGUGGACCUUCGGUUACCAUUGUUCGCGUCAAACAAUACAUUUUCGGGGGCUACACUGACGUAUCUUGGAACAAGAAUGGUGGCUGUUCUUCUUCAAGUCAGUCGUUCCUGUACUCGCUGUACAACAUCAAGGGAUAUCAACCCGUGCAGUUGAACCUGACAGGAAUAGAUAACAACAAAUAUGCUAUUGAUGGUCAUGCUACGUAUGGACCAACAUUUGGCUGUGUAUACUAUUAUGGCCUUCGUAUCUCAAACAACGCAUCAGGUCACCGGAGGUUCACACCAAGUGAUGUCGAAGUCUUCUAUGAGACUACGGACUAAUAGCGACCAAAACAAAUAGACUAUGAUUAUAUACCCGGCGUAGUAAA